CACUCAGCUAAUCCUAAUAUCUCUUCCUUUUUCUACUCAUUUGGAAUCAACGUGAAGAUGAGUGGUCUUGCGAGUUGGCCUGAACCGGUAGUUCGAGUUCAGUCUUUGUCCGAGAGUGGCAUGCAUGCUAUUCCAGAGCGGUAUGUGAAGCCACCAAGUGAUCGGCCAUCCUUCACUAAUGAAACUGAAAACCACCACCAACAUGUUGAUAUUCCCGUUAUUGAUCUUACUAAUCUCUUCGGCAAACACCCCGCUCUCCAUGAAGAGACCGUCCGACUCAUCUCCGUCGCCUGCGAGGAGUGGGGGUUUUUCCAGGCGGUGAACCACGGUGUUAGCCACGAGCUAAUGGAGCGUAUGCGCGAGGCGUGGCGUCACUUCUUUAACAUGCCGCUUGAAUUCAAACAAGAGUACGCCAACACCCCGACCACCUACGAAGGCUACGGCAGCCGGUUGGGAGUCCAGAAAGGAGCCAUCCUUGAUUGGAGCGAUUACUUCUUUCUUCAUUACUUGCCGGUUUCUUUGAGGAAUAAAAGCAAGUGGCCCUCACAACCUUCGUCUUGCAGGGAACUGCUUUCAGAAUACGGUGCUGAAGUUGUAAAACUCGGUGGAAGGCUGCUUAAGGCGAUGUCCACAAAUCUAGGACUAAAAGAAGACUAUCUGCAAAAUGCAUUUGGUGGAGAGGACAUCGGUGCUUGCUUAAGGGUCAAUUUCUAUCCCAAGUGUCCUCAACCUGACCUUACACUAGGCCUUUCUUCCCACUCAGACCCUGGUGGAAUGACCUUUCUCCUCCCCGACCACGACGUCGCCGGUCUCCAAGUUCGUAAGAACGGCAGGUGGAUUACCGUGAAGCCCGUUCCCAAUGCGUUCAUCGUCAACGUCGGGGAUCAAAUUCAGGUACUGAGCAAUGCCAUUUAUAAAAGUGUCGAGCAUCGUGUGAUCGUGAAUUCAGUGAAAGAUCGUGUUUCACUUGCGUUCUUUUACAACCCCAAGAGUGAUUUACUCAUUGAACCAGCAAACGAGCUUGUGAGUGAGGAGCGGCCAGCACUGUACAGCCCCAUGACGUUUGACGAGUAUAGGCUUUAUAUUAGAACCAAGGGUCCUUGUGGAAAGGCACAAGUUGAAUCUUUGGGAUCUUCUUGAGAUCUAUAUAUAUAUAUAUAUAAUAAAACAAUGUUUGUGGCAGUAGCCUCUCUUUACGUAUUACAUUACUGUAUGCAUGGAUUACAGGAACUGAUUUAGUAUUGCUGGUGGCAUAGCUUUG